AUGGGUUCCUCAAGUGACUUGAAGGAUGAAGAGGGAACAAUCGAGCAUUGGGUAGAGCCAAAUGAAACUGCCCCAUCGACUGAGGCUACCGUGACGAAUGACUCCAUGGCAGGCCUUCAGAGUAUCGAACAGAGAGACCUAAUGAACUUAGUCGACCGUCUCCGUCGUGCAGGACUAAGUUCGGUACUCCAAUUGCCCCAGAUUGUGGUCUGUGGUGAUCAGUCUUCCGGCAAAAGUUCCGUGCUUGAAGCCAUAACAGAGAUUCCGUUCCCACGAAAGGAGAAUCUCUGUACCCGCUUUGCGACUGAGAUUAUCAUGAGACGAGAUGCAGAAUCUGCCAUUCACUGCAAGAUUAACCCUGAUAACAGUCGUGAUGAAGAAGAACAAUCGGGUCUUCGCAAGUUCUCAAAGUCAAUCCAAAAUUUUACAGAGCUGCCUUCCAUUAUAGAUGACGCUACUGCUGCUAUGGGUUUGAACGAGAAAACAGCAUUUUCAAGAGAUGUGCUGAGCGUUGAGAUUUGUGGACCUGAUCUUCCUCAGCUCACUUUAGUGGAUCUUCCGGGACUCAUACAUUCUGCCAACAAGUCACAGUCAGAUGAGGACGUUGACCUCAUCAAGUCUCUAGUCGAGGGUUACAUCUCCCAGGAACGAACCAUCAUCCUCGCUGUCAUUUCCGCCAAAAACGACUAUGCCAACCAGGUUAUACUUAAAAAUUGUCGGAAAUUUGACCCUAAAGGCGCACGCACCCUUGGUGUCGUUACGAAACCUGAUUACCUACGCCCUGGCUCUGAAAAUGAAGGCGCAUGGCUCGACUUGGUGAGAAACCGAGACAUUUAUUUUGAACUUGGAUGGCACUUGUUGAAAAACCGCAGUGAUGACGAGCAUCAAUUGUCAUUUGCCGAGCGUAACAGUAAAGAGCGUGCCUUUUUCAAUGCCGGAAGAUACGGGGAUCUUCCUCAGAGUGUUAAAGGUAUCGACUCCCUCCGCCAACGCCUGAGUGAGCUUCUAUUCCACCACUUAAAACGGGAACUCCCAAUCCUUAAGGGGGAACUUGACAAGAUGGCGAGCACCGUUCGACUCGAGCUCCAGCCGCUCGGUAAGAGCCGUGCCACGCUCUCUGAUCAACGAGCAUACUUGGCAGACUUUUUUGGGUCUGCUUACGAGCUGGUUGUUAUGGGGUUAAGUGGAAACUACGAGGGCAGUUUCUUUGGUGCGGUCAAUAUCAACGCAUCUAUUGACGGGAAAGAAAAUUCUCGUCGGCUCAGAGCUGUGGUUCAACACUUGAAUGUUCGGUUUGCGGAACAAAUGAAUCGACUAGGCCAUAAAUACCAUGUGGAAGAGCCCAACGAGGAUUCUGAUGAAGCGCCUGAGCAUGAAUCCGAUGAUCAAACGUCAGAUGACGGAUCAGCAUCAAACGGGAUGCAAAAGUUGUCUCGUAAAGCGGCUGUCAGACGAGUAGUUCACAUUCUGGAACGCAGCCGAGGGCGUGAAAUCUCAGGAACAUUCAAUCCAAUGUUAACAAGUCACUUGUUUUGGGAACAAUCCGAAGGCUGGCAGGCCAUAGCCCAAGAACACAUCGAUAGAGUUGCCGCUAUAUGCAGAGCUUUCUUACUCCAAGUUUUGGAGCAUAGUGCCACAUCGGAGUUGAGAGCUCGAAUUCUGAGCAUGACAGUUACUCCUGCUCUGAAAACUGCCAAAGAGGCUGCCUUUAAGGAGAUUGAGUCAAUAGAAGAAGAUAGAAAGAGGCACCCGAUUACAUACAACCACUAUUUCACGGAUACCCUGCAGAAAAUUCAGGGGCGACGGUCAGUAUCUGACUUGACAAAACUAGCUGAGGAAUCGACGGUAACUACGGAGCGGAAAUAUUUUAUCGAUGUGAUUGCCAAACAAGUUGUUGAGCGUCACUUGGUUGCACCCCUUAUCGAUGUUUUUGCACCAAGAGUCCUGGCUCGUUACAGCGACAAACAAAUCAAAUUCCUUGCCUCCGAGACUCCUGAGACGGUACGACUUCGAGAGCACUUAGAGAACAGAAGCAAGAUUUUGAAUGAAGGUCAGGAAGCCUUUUACAUAGCGAUGGGGCAGGGGGAAGUGCCACGGAAGACCUAG